GCGACGGCAACGUACUUAACCUCGCUUGGGUGUCGUCUCUCUGAGAUCUUUCAAUUCCCCUCCCUCUCCCUUCAUCCACACAUCUCAUCAUGGCGCCCCCUCCCCCCGCCUGGGUCCAGAAGCUCGUGCCGUCGUCGCCCCGCGGCCCCGACCUCCUCUCGGCUGAGCGCAAUGGCUCGCAGGUCAACUCUGAGCGCCUUGCCGAGCUCCUCCACACCAAGGAGCAGCUUGAGUUGAACCAGCGCAUUGAGAAGAUCAUCUCGGCUGAGCCCAUCUUCGACAAGAACGAGCUCCUCUCGAUGGGCCGUGUCGACCGCAUCGAGCGCUCGCUCGCCCGUGGCAAGACGCUCAAGCGCCUCAACGCCAAGCACAACUGGUCCAAGGAGGAGUACAAGGUUGCCGCCAACAUCUCGGGCGAGCCCAACGUCUACGGCCUCCACGACUCGAUGUGGCUCGUCACCCUCCGCGAGCAGGGCACCCCCGAGCAGCACAAGCUCUUCCUCGAGAAGGCUGAGCGCGCCGAGUACGUUGGCUGCUACGCCCAGACCGAGCUUGGCCACGGCUCCAACGUCCGCGGUCUCGAGACCACCGCCACCUGGGACCCCAAGGACAAGACGUUCGUCAUCCACUCGCCCCACCUCACUGCCUCCAAGUGGUGGAUCGGCUCGCUUGGCAAGGUCGCCAACCACGCCAUCGUCAUGGCCCAGCUCUUUGUCAACGGCAAGAACCACGGCCCGCACCCCUUCGUCGUCCACAUCCGUGACCUCAAGACCCACGAGCCCCUUGAGAACAUCUACGUCGGUGACAUCGGACCCAAGUUUGGUUACAACUCGAUGGACAACGGUUUCCUCCUCUUCAACCACGUCAAGAUCCCCCACGUCAACAUGCUUGCCCGCUUCAACUACGUCGACCCCGAGACGUCCGAGUACCGCCGCGUCGGCUCGCCCUCGCUCAUCUACGGCACGCUCACCUGGGUGCGCUCGAACAUUGUGCUCGACUCGGGCUCGUCGCUCGCUCGCGGUGUCGCCAUCGCGACUCGCUACGCCGCCGUCCGUCGCCAGUUCCAGGACCGUGACGCCGAGGAGGCUGGUGUUGGCGGCGAGACCCCUGUCCUCAACUACAAGAUGGUGCAGGCCCGUCUCCUCCCCCUCCUCGCUGCCUCGUACGCCCUCCACUUCACCGGCCGCGGCAUGAUGGAGCUGUACAACGCCAACCAGGAGCAGAUGAAGAAGAACCUCGCCAACGGGCCCACCAAGCGCUCGGCCGGUCCCGAGGAGCUCAACCCCGGAGCCGACCUCCUCGCCGACCUCCACUCGACCUCGUGUGGCCUCAAGGCGCUUGGCUCGACUAUUGCCGUCGACGGCCUCGAGAUGUGCCGUCGUGCCUGUGGUGGCCACGGCUACUCGUCCUACUCGGGCAUCGGCUCGUGGUACUCGGACUACCUCCCGACCGCGACGUGGGAGGGCGACAACUACAUGCUCACGCAGCAGGUCGCGCGCUACAUGCUCAAGACGGCGCGUGCCGUCAUCAACGGCACUGCGCCGGACAACGAGACCUCGCGCAUCCUGAAGCACUACCUCGCGCGCAAGGACACUGGCGCUGCGUUCGACGUGCUCAACAACGACGGCGACCUCGUCUCGGCCUUCGCCUGGCGCACCGCCUACCUCACCUUUGAGGCGCUCCGCCUGCGCGACAAGGAGAAGCAGUCGUGGAACUCGCUCCUCGUCCACUUCUGGCGCCUGUCCACCGCCCACUCCCAGUACCUCGUCGUGCGCAACUUCCACGACGCGGUGGUCAAGGACCGCGCGGCGGUCGCGGCCAAGGUCGGCGAGCCGACCGCGCAGGCCCUCGUCGACCUCUACCGCCUCUUCGCGCUCACCACGCUCGAGGCGCACGGCGCCGAGUUCUUCACCGCCGGUGCCGUCACCACCACCCAGAUUUCCCUCACCCGCACCAAGGGCAUCAGCGCGCUGCUCGACGCCGUCCGCCCCAACGCCGUCAGCCUCGUCGACGCCUGGUCCUUCAGCGACUACCUCCUCAACUCGGCGCUCGGCCGCAAGGACGGUGCCGUGUACGAGGACCUCUUCGCGCGCGCAUGGUCCAACCCGGUCAACAACCUCACCUUUGACCCCUACCCGACCUCGCCCACGCUCAUCAAGCGCCGCGAAGCCAAGCUUUAAGCGCCGCCCACGAUGCUGCGAGGCUAGGGUGUAGGGUGUAGUGCCGGCCACAUAGUCGGGGCCGGCAGGUGUAAUUGUAGUAGUCACGGACGCAGUCACGGACAGAAAAGCGAUCCUCGCUAAUAGCUUGGGAAUGAAUCUUGCAUUGGUUUCUGGUA